CAGUCCUGUUCAGCUUCAGAAAGACCGUAGUUCGUGUGCGCCAUAUGCUUUGAUUGGCUUGAAUCUAAUAUCUUAGGGUACAAUGCGGCUCCUGAAUACGCGGACGAAAGAACUACGAGUAUUCAAUCACUCUCGCAUUCCAUAUGCUAUCCCAUCCCAUACUUGGGGUCCGGAGGAAAUCACACUACAGGAUCUACUAGCCGGAAAAGCGCUUAGUUUGAAGGCUACAAGAAACUCAUCGGGGCAUGCAAUCAGGCAAUGUCGGAUGGGUUUGGUUACAUAUGGAUCGACACUUGUUGCAUAGACAAAGCAAGCUCUUCUGAGUUGACGGAAACCAUCAAUUCUAUGUGGGUCUGGUACCAGAACUCACGUGUCUGUUAUGCGUACCUCGAAGACGUCCCCGAGGAAGAUGUUGACGUUCUUGUUGGCUAUUCCAAAACCUUCAUGAACUGUCGAUGGUUUACGCGUGGUUGGACGCUCCAAGAGCUCAUUGCCCCCCCUACAGUCAUAUUCUACUCAGAUGACUGGUACGAAAUUGGUACUCGCGACCAGAUGCGAGAGCCUCUAGGCAAGAUAACCGGCAUCGACCAUAAGUUCUUCGAGUACGGAAUUUUAGAUCGGUAUGGCAUCGCUCAGAGAAUGUCUUAGGCUGCAAAGAGAAAGACAACCAGAAUUGAAGACCAAGCAUAUUGUUUGCUUGGACCAUUCGGGGUCAGCAUGCCCUUAUUACUGUACGGCGAGGGUGAAAUGGCGUUCAUUCGUCUUCAAAAAGAGAUCAUGAGGCGGACAGAUGACCAGUCAAUAUUUGCUUGG